AUGAUAGUCAGCUCAGCAAACCCGGUCGGGUCCGAGGUCUUUUCUCUGAUCGCACUGCUCACCUUUUCCGCCAUCACCCUCUUAAUACUUCGAUACUAUCUACCCCUCCGAACGACUCCUGCAUUCGUCCUUGUCACCGUUUUCUUCGCAAUAUGGCUUCCAGCAUGUAUCGUGCUGCUCGUGCCAAUAGACUUGGCCUCGAGCGCAAGGACAGAUGACGAGAAUACCAGGGGGAUUUGGCUUCCACAGAGGGUCAUACAGACGUGCUGGCGCAUCGCCUACUGGCUCACGUUCACCCUCACAUGGUUCAUUCUUCCUGUCCUUGCCGAAUACUCCGAUGCUGGAUACCGAGAUCCGAAGGGCAAGCUGAUGUAUUCUCUGCGGUCGAAUGCCCAAUACUAUGCGAUGGUUUUUGGAUUUGGAAUAAUAGCACUGAUAUACGUCUUUACUUCUUACGGCAUACAUCUCGACUCUCUGAAGAGUCCGGUCAUGGCUCUUGCAUACUGCUGGGGCUUGGUCCUGGCAAUCUACCUGAUGGGCCACGGUCUCGUCAGCAUCCCUCGGCGUCUGAUACGCAGUUUCAGCAUCAGCGGGCAGCUGCGCCAGUUACAGUCUGCGGCGCCCAGGCUAUACGAGCAGCUGGAGGAGGCGGAGAUGAACCUCGAGGAUCUCGAGAUACAGGUGGCUGAGUUGUGUCGGCGCAAAACGGGAUCGGCCAUCAACUUUCAAGACUGGAUCGAGGAACUCAUGGAUUCUACCAACCUCCCGGAGGAGCAACCGAGAUCAACAUCCGCGGUGGGCUCUGGCGACGCUCGGCGCGUCCCCACGGUCAUCACGGAGAAGUACAUGGCGGAGCUGACGCGAGAGCUUACCCGCGCCAGGCACACCCGCUCCAGAUAUGCCAACGAAUGGAAUCGUUUGCUUCGGAAGGCCGCGGAGACUCGGGCUAUUCUUGAUUCUGGCGGGUCGAAGAAGCUUGAAUUCGGAGGCACCGCGCCGCAUGCCUCUUGGUGGGAGCGCAUAACGGUUCUCACCCCCUACACGAGACACGUGCUCCAUUUCCAUGUAAUGCCGCACGUGAGGCUUUUUUUCGGUGGGCUUCUAGCUGUGGCAUCGAUUUUCAUUGUCUGGUCCGAGAUCGUCAAGGUCGGCCCAGCCGCGCUUGCCAAUCUGUCCAUCAUUCGUCUGACCGUGGUUCAUCACUGGACUGGUGAGAAGGGGCAAGUCGGAUUUGCCGGCCAAAUGAUCGCAGCGUUUUGGAUCUCCUACAUGUGUGCUGCUGCCUUGAUCUCCAUCACUGAGGUCAAGGUAUGGCGCGGCCGCGCGUUGGUCUAUCGCAAUACUUCCCAUGAAUCGGCCUUGUGGUAUUCAUCAUACGUGGCCCGUCUCAGUGUCCCGCUUUCGUACAACUUCAUCUCGUUCCUAUCCAAGGAUGUCUACGAGAAGACACGGUUUUACGACUUCCUCGGCCGACUCAUCGAUCUGACGGCAUUGGGUAGCUGGUUCAACCGCUUAUUCCCACUGUUCAUCCUCUUGCCGAUAGGCGCCACCUUGUUUGGUCUUUACGGCAAAGUGAAGCGCACUAUCGGUCUGGCCGACAUCAUCGACGACGAUGACGAAGAAAACGAGAUUGGCUACGGCACCGGAUCGUGGCGGGAAGGUCGUGACCUCAUCGAACGGGAGCUCAAUGGAACGUCGAUUACCAGGUCAAGGGACGCUGCAGGGCCGGGAGGUAUCGCUAACGGCGGUUCAGCCACGAGGGCCACACCCGUGCGCUCCAUUCCUGGCCCGUCAGGCCGACCUGGCGGCCCGACAACCCCGCUGGGGACGUCGCCUAACAUCGGCAGGGUGGACUCCCCUGCCACAGCCGCUAGCUCGAGGCGGAUCGGACAGAGACCGCACGCGAGACUAGGCGAUGGCGAGGACGAGGACGACAACUUCUUCUCGCAGCUCGGCACGCGCAUCAAGAACACGGUUGACACAAUGGACACGCCCAACUGGUUCCAGGAGAUUGUCAAGAAGCCGAAAUGGAUGGGCGGAGAUGAUGAUGAGGGCGGGCGAGGGUCUGGUUCAGGCAGUAAUAACACUGAUAUACGGCGCUGGUUUGGUGGUGGCGGUGACGGACGGAUCAGGUUGUAA